AUGUUCCCAGCGGUACUGUCCCCUCGGACUCCGGGACCUGGGUCUCGAAGGGGCCCACUUGUCGGCAGUGGGGCUAGUUCUACGCCCCGAGCGGCAAACAGGAAGAGCUUGCCCUUGGCCUCAGCUGUCAGCUCCCCGGUGCUCUUCUCGCCAGUCGGCCGCCGCAGCUCCUUUAGCGCUAGGGGAACGCCGACACGAAUGUUCCUGCAUCACUCCAUAAAUGAGUCUAUGAACUAUGAUGUGAAAACAUUUGGAUCUUCUCUCCCUGUUAAAAUUAUGGAGGCGCUGACGUUGGCUGAAGUUAAUGAUCAGCUGACAGUUUACAUAGAUGACCAUGGAUGGGCUUGUUUGGUCUGCAAAGAGAAGCUCAUUGUUUGGAAGAUUGGCCCAUCACUUAUUACUAAGUUAUCUGUAUGCAAAGAACUUCAGCUGCCACCUAGUAGUUUCCAGUGGAAUGCAGACUUGGUUGCUCUCUCUUACUCUGUGAUCUCGGGUGACGCACAUUCUAUUCAGGCUGUUGCUGUAAUGGUUGCCACCACAGAAGGAUCUGUCCGCUAUUGGCCAAACCUUGCUCAUGAAGACACAUACACAGAGUCUUUUGUAGAUUUCGGAGGUGACAAGACCUACAAUUUUCUAACAGCAGUGCAGGGCGGAAGCUUUAUUUUGUCUUCAUCAGGAGGCCAGCUCAUUCGGCUGAUCCCGGACAGUUUAGGGAAGAUUCACCAGCACCUCCUUCCUCAGGGACAAGGCAUGCUUUCAGGAAUUGGGCGCAGGGUGUCUUCUCUUUUGGGAAUUUUGUCUACCAGUAGUGAUCUUACACUUUCAAGUGUCUUCUGGGAUAAAGAGAGAUCAAGCUUUUACAGCCUUACAAGUUCAAGCAUCAAUAAAUGGGAAUUAGAUGAUUCUUCAGAGAAACAAGCUCACAGUUGGGAUUUAAAUAGAGUCCUGAAGGAAAACAUUGUUGAUGCUAUUUGGGGAUCUGAAAGUAACUAUGAGGCUAUUAAAGAAGGCAUCAACGUUCAGUAUUUGGAUCUGAAACAGAACUGUGACGGACUCCUGGUUUUGGCAGCAGCAUGGCAUCCAACAGAUACUCCAUGUCUCAUCUAUUACUCUCUGGUGACCGUGGAAGAUGAUGGCUACCACAUGCCAGGUGCAGUUACUGUGGAAGUCACUCAGUACAACCCUCCUUUCCAGUCUGAAGACCUGAUAAAGUGUCGGUUGGUGGUCCCAAAUCUUUCAAACCAGACUGCCUAUCUUUAUACUGAGAGUGCUGUCUAUGUUUGCUCCACGGGAAGUGGGAAGUUUUCUCUUCCUCAGGAGAAGAUUGGCUUUUCCACACAAGGAGAUAGUAUUUUAGGGGCUGGUUCCUGUGGUGGUAUUCCUGUUGUUUUUUCUAGAAACAGUGGAUUGAUGUCUAUUAUGUCAAGGGAAAAUUUGUCUGUGUUAGCAGAAGACCUUGAAGAGUCCCUGACAUCUUCAAUUGCUGGGCCAAGCAAUGAGAAUGUUGUUUUUGAGUCCACUACAAAGAAUGAAACUAUAGCUCAGGAAGAUAAAACCAAGUUGCUAAAAGCUGCUUUUCUGCAAUACUGCAGGAAAGAUUUAAGUGAUGCUCAAAUGAUAGUGGAUGACCUGUUUUCCGCUCAGUUGGAUUUGGAUUCUGAUUCAGAGAUAGACAGAGCUGUUACCCAAAUCAGUGUGGACUUAAUAGAUGACUACCCAGCUUCUGACCCACGAUGGGCUGAAUCUGUCCCUGAGGAAGUGCCUGGCUUCAGCAACACAUCGCUGAUUAUCCUUCACCAGCUAGAAGACAAGAUGAAAGCUCAUUCUUUCCUUAUGGACUUUAUUCACCAGGUUGGUUUGUUUAGGCGGCUUAGGACUUGCACAGCAAAAGGAGUGUCUGUGGCAACUCGAUUGUUGCUUUGUGAGCAUGCAGAGAAGUUGUCUGCUGCUAUUGUUCUCAAGAACUAUCACUCUAGGCUUCCUGACCUGGUCAACACAACAGUAUUAAUGGCUUUAAACAAAAGAGAAUGUGUGAUUCCAUCAAGCCUCACUCCUGCAGAUGUCUUUUUUAGAGAGGUAUCUCAAGUAGACACAAUCUGUGAAUGUUUACUGGAGCAUGAGGAACAAGUCUUGAAGGACGCAUCAUUGGACUCUGUUGAUUGGGCUGAGGUGGUGAUCAAUGUGAAUAACAUCCUGAAGGAUAUGCUGCAGGCUGCAAGUCAUUACCGUCAGAAUAAAAGUUCCUUAUAUGAAAGAGUGGAACCCCUUGAAAAAGAACCCGAACAUGUCCCAUGGACAGCGACUGGUGGUCCCACUGGUAUUCGAACAGCAAUAGUGUACCAGUACAGGCUUGUCCUGAAGCUGGUUUAUCCUCACGUGGGCAGCAACCUUCGAAACAUCCUGACAGAGCAGCUGGUGGCGUUGAUUGAUUGCUUUUUGGAUGGUUAUGUUUCUCAGCUUAAGUCUGUUGACAAGUCUAAUUACCAAGAGAGAUACAACAGCCUGGAGAUGGAAUACCUACAGAAGAGAACAGAUCUCUUAUCACCUCUUCUUUCGCUGGGCCAGUACCAGUGGACUGCAUCAUUAGCAGAGAAGUACUGUGACUUCGAUAUCUUGGUGCAGAUGUGUGAACAAACUGACAACCAGGCGAGGCUACAGCGUUACAUGACCCAGUUUGCAGAUCAGAAUUUUUCAGACUUUGUCUUCCGUUGGUAUUUGGAGAAAGGAAAGCGAGGCAAACUAUUAUCUCAGCCCAUUUCUCAGCACGGACAGUUGGCAAACUUUUUGCAAGCUCAUGAACAUCUCAGCUGGUUACAUGAAAUUAAUAGCCAGGAAUUAGAAAAGGCCCACACAACACUUCUAGGUUUGGCAAAUACAGAAACACAUUCUUUUGCAAAGAAAAAAACUCUUCUUGGCCUGAGUAAAUUAGCUGCAUUAGCUUCAGACUUUCCAGAGAAUGUACUGCAAGAAAAGAUUGAAGAAAUGGCUGAGCAAGAGCGCUUUCUACUACAUCAGGAGACCCUCCCAGAGCAACUGCUAACAGAGAAGCAGCUCAGUCUUAGUGCAAUGCCAGUGCUCACUGCUGCUCAGCUCAUCAGUCUAUAUAUCUGUGAAGAAAACAGAAGAACUAAUGAGUAUGAUUUCAAGAAGGCUUUGGACUUGCUGGAAUAUAUUGAUGAGGAGGAAGAUGUAAAUAUCAAUGAUCUAAAACUGGAAAUCCUUUGCAAAGCUCUUCAGAGAGACAACUGGUCCAGUUCAGAUGGUAAAGAUGAUCCCAUUGAACUAUCUAAAGACAGCAUAUUUGUGAAAAUAUUGCAGAAACUUUUAAAAGAUGGCGUCCGGCUCAGUGAGUACUUACCCGAAGUGAAAGACUUGGUACAAGCAGAUCAGCUUGGAAGCUUGAAGGCCAAUCCCUACUUUGAAUUUGUUCUGAAAGCAAAUUAUGAGUAUUAUGUCCAGGGACAAAUAUGA